ACCUGAACAGCAUGUGUAGGUAAAUAUUGUUAGUGGUCAAGCAAGUUGGUUGGGUCUUGGAAUUUAACCCAGGCCGCUGUAUUUACCGCGGACGUGUGGAGACGCUGCCUGCUGAAGAAGAGGGCCAGGCGGGUGGGCAACCUCUCACAGCCAACCUGUCAUCUACAACCCACACACUCCGUCUUCGAAGUCACGCUAGCACAGCAAGUACUACGCUUCUUUCGUUUCCGCUCUUCAUUUGAAGUACAAUAUGGACGCAGCGCAUCGCUUUACUUAUUUCGGAGCUUUGCCCCCAGAAUUACGGCUGCAGAUAUGGACGGAAGCGCUUUCGGUGCCAUCUGUUUGGGCUGUGAAUCAAGAAGCAACCGAAACCAACAACGCCAACACGAGCCAUCUGCCCCUCAUCAUGAACCAUGUUGGUCCGGCUCCCUAUCUAGCAGGCCUCGCUUGCCAGGAGUCGCGGCGGCUAAUGGAACAACUAUACGCCAAGCCCAUACAUAGACCAACGCACUCGGCGGCAAGUAGUGCGACUCAUUGGAUCGAUCUGCAAAAAACGGUCGUCUCACUCGGGGACUACCGGUCCGCGGGGGCUUUGUUGGAUGCGUUCACUUUCGAAGACUUGGCAAGAUUCCGCCAUGCCGUUCUACAGUCAUCACGGUUCUCUGAUAUGGCCAGGCUGUGCCAGCGCCUGGCCAACUCAUGCCCCGGGUUGUCUACGAUCAUCAUACACACGAAUCACGCUGGCUGCCUUUUUACCGACCUUCCUUGUGAACCCUUGACCCAAGACAUGGCUGCACUUUUUGUCAACAUCCUGGAGGACCCAACCGCCGGCCUAAAUUGCAACCACUACGAUACCGUCCACUUUCGCAGUCUGCUGCUAGACUAUUUCGGCGACUCCCCUCCGACGUUGCAUCUCGCCUCCCCACCCGGAGCGACUCGUCAAGACUGAUGUUGGUUCAGCCUUGAUUGUCGCGGCCUCUUCCUCAUGUCUUGGUCGAUGCUGUUGGUUGAUUUCAUUGGUUUAGUUGUUGGUUCAAUGUUGGUUAAAUGUUGGGACUGAUAUCAGCGUAUCGCGGCUUAUCCCUGUAUCAUUCUUGAUUCGGAUAAAUGUGAUUGCAUAGCCUCCUUGGAAACACUGCGGUCUC